UGUAAGAUUCAUUACUUCCCACUCUAAAAUGUAGAAGCAACUAUUAUGCUCAGCUCAAUACAGUUUGCUUGUGUUUUGUUUCUAAAGCAACCAAUAGUACACAUACUGAUUUAUCUAGUCUGUAAGGCAUCGUUGAGGGCUUAUAAUACGCCAAUCUCUUUCUUUUUAGUUCGGUUUGUUGCAGCCGUUUGAGUUCUUAGUUUGCGUUUUUUUCUGGUAAAACAUUUAAUCUUUCUCCAGGACAAGACACAAGUGUGACUGAGUGGGAAGCUUUAUUUGCGUCCUUCAAGCAAUGGCGGGUAACUUAACUAUCCCGUUAACUUUACCGCAGUGGGACGGGGGCUCACGCAAAAUUCGCUUUAUUCAUUUGGUGGAUCAGACAUCGUUCAGGCUGACAGACUGUCCCAACAAGAGUUCAGUGGUUCCUCUCUUUUUAGGAGCUGAUCUCUUCUCACACACCGACAUCCGAACAGAGAACCAUCCCAGACAUCAUGCAAAGUUUGCCAAGAAAGGACUGGCAACAAAAAUACAUUUCUCCUCAGAAUUUAGGUUCCAUGGGUUGAAGGUACCUACUGUCAGUAACAGCCUCUGGUUCUACAGCGUUGAAGGACUUUUUCGAGUAGCCUUUGAAAUGUACAGUAAGCAAGAGCAGCUUGCUGUGCUUGAGAACUUCCAGGAUGUUUGGAAAUCACAGAUAAAUGGGAGCCCUCUGAAAACGAGUUACAGCCUCAGUGUGCAGCUGGACUUUGCAAUAUCCAGCAACUUGCAUGACAUAGAAACAAGCAAUGAAACCCCAUCACAACCUCUGCAUUGCCACGCUGGCAGAGAAUCGGUGGAUGCACAUGGCAGUGACAGAUCAGCAGAUCAUGACUAUUGUUCUUUUUCCAAGCAGAGCUUGCAUAGUGACCACAACCAACUGGUGGUAUCCAAAGUAAGACAGAAAUUGCAUAGCUUGGAUGACAAACUCUCUUCUGUGACUCUCAGCUACUCAGGACUUGAGACUGUAUUGUUACUUUUGGAGAAUGUUGAUCGGUGCAUAAAUGGAAAUCUAGAAGAAAAGGAUGUGACAGAAGCUGUACUAGCCCUGCUAAAGGCCAAAGACUGGGGCUGUAUGUAUUCCAGUAACCUGCUUAGUUGUGUAGGACGUUGGCUUGGCCAGCAGUUUCAUGCAGCCAACAGCAGCAUCAGCCAGAAGGUGGAGGGCUUUAAAGUUCAUCAUAUUGAGAGAAUUAGUGACUUGCCACCUGCUGAGGAACUGGCCACAGAGCUGUUCCCAGAAGCAAUGCAAACACUACUGCUUCACUGGAUGGGUUUAAGUGAAGAGUCCACCCUGGAGAAGAGACACAGCGAGUUCCCAAUCCUGCUCCUUAUCCUUGAGUUCGCCAACCACAAUCUUAUCACUGGUGUGGCUCAUGUACUAUACUCAAGUCUUAUAUGUAAAUAAAUGUGGAUUUCUAUGUAGGCAUCAGCAGUGAAGUUAUCCUUUCUUCCCUCUAUCUUUUGUUACACAGAUUACAUUUUUAAUAACUAUGGCUGGGUGACAGUUGACAAUUUGUCAGCUUCCUGUGGAAUAUUACAGCAAUGUGUGCAUGAAAUAUUUGUACAAAAUGUUAUUCCAGUUGAGUUCUACUGCAUAUUUCAACA